AUGGGUUUUGUUUUAACAUUCUUAAGUAUUUUUUUUAAUGAGUACGAUAUACCUUCGGAACCGAUAAAGUUUAUUUUUGAAAUGCUAUUAAUUGUACUGUGUGGCAUUCCAAAAAUUAUUGGAGCAACAAUUUCGUAUGUUUAUUUUCCACCAGAACCGAAAAAUGUCGAAGGAAAAUUAAUUUUGAUUACAGGGACCGCCCGGGGAAACGGCCGUGAACUGGCCAUACAAUUUCACAGGUUGGGGGCGAAAAUUGCGUGCGUUGAUAAAGACGAAGUGGGCAAUAAUGAAACGGUCGAUCGGAUCAAGGCGGAAGGCGGCCAAGCGGUGGGAUUUAAAGUGAAUAUUACCGACAAGGAGCAGAUAAUGACGAUGCACGCGGCCGUGAGAGAUCAAAUGGGUCCCGUAGACAUUCUCGUUAACAAUGCCACCGUGGUCGAGACGACAUUGUUCGCCAAUCCGGAAGCCGACGACACCAUAUCGGAAAUAGUCAACACGAAUUUACUGGGUCAAAUUUGGGUAAUCAGGGAAAUACUUCCAUCGAUGUUGGAAAGGAACAGUGGCCAUAUAGUAACAAUAUCAUCGAUGACGUCAUUGAAAGGGUUGCCUUUACUUUUUACUUAUUCUGCGACAAAAUUUGCUCUAACUGGUAUGAUGGAAAGUUUAACUAAAGAACUUAAAUUAAUGAAAUCAGACGUGAUUACUACAACGGCUUGUCCAUAUUUUAUAGCAAACUGUCCGGACAAAUCAAAAAGACGAAUAUUAAGACUUCCAGAAUUACCAAUUGAAGAUGCCUGCGCAAUGAUAAUCGAAGGAAUAUUACGUAAUGAACGAGUUUUUACGAUUCCAGAUUAUGACUUUUACGCUCUGCCAUUUAUAAAGUUUUUACCUGAAGAUUUGCAAGAUAUGGUUGAAGACAUCGUGUAUUCAAACAUCGAACCAACGCCAGACGAAGAAAAAGUCAUACAAAAAUAUACGAAAUUCGCGGAGAUGAAUAAACCACAGAUCUCAAUGUUUGCACCAUGUUUAAAAAUGGGUAGCGUACCAGAUUAA